UUUUUAUCAGUUUGGUAGCCGCACAAAGUUUUUAAAACUGAGCACUUCAAUAUUCAACUCUCAAGAUUGUUUUAGUAUUCGACGGGAGUUGGUUUAGACAAUUAGUUCAAGUAGAACCUAAAUUCAUACCAAAAUCAAAAUGAGUUACCCAUGGGAAAAGCGUGUCGAAUUCAUCGUCGGUCACAUGUACGACAUUGACAAGAAUGGCUUCCUAGACAACCAGGACUUCCAGUGCAUGGCUCUGCGUGCCACCGUCGUCGAAGGCAAGGGCACCAUCAACCCAGCCCGCCUGAAUGAGUACAGGACCAUCAUGAAGGCUCUGUGGGAUGAGAUCUCUGCCCUUGCCGAUUUCGAUAAGGAUGGUAAGAUCACCACCGAUGAAUUCAAAGAUGCCGUCAAGGCCACCUGCCUCGGAAAGCCAUACUCCGAUUUCCCCAAGGCCAUGAAGGCUUUCAUUGAUGCUCACUACCAGAUGAUGGACAUCAACGCCGACGGUCUGGUCAGCAUAGAAGAGUACCGUUACAACUGCAUCACCAGAAUCGCUCUGGAUGACAUCAAGCAGGUCGAUGAUUCCUACAACCAACUCGUCAGUGACGAAGACAACAAGCGCGGAGGAAUCACCCUACAGAGAUACCAGGAACUGUACGCCCAGUUCUUGGGUAACGAGAGCGACAACUGCUCGGCCGUCUAUCUGUAUGGCCCAAUCCCAGAAUAAGCUGUUUGAACCAACAUUCGAAGAUUCACCAUCCCAACUAAAGUACCAACAACCGUAUUGCGCUUCUGCUUGAUAGUACACGCAGUUCGAGAUCAUGGCGAACUGUCAAGCAUCAGCCAUAGAACAAGAUGAAGAUAGAUGCUAGAAGUGAGAAAGAGGAAAAGAUCUAAAUCAACUUCUCGAUCAAACAACAUCCUGAUUCGAAUACUAAAACAUCCCAAUCUGCCUAAAGUAAACAACAUCGGAGCAGAAAAAAAAACAAUGUUAACCAUAUGGAAAUUUAAUAAAAAAAAUAAAA